AUGUCCAACAUUCCAAAGACACAAAUUGCUGCAGUCGUUCCGUUUCAUGGAGCUGCUCUCGAAAUUAGAAAGGAUCACCCGGUCAAGCAACCUUCUGAGCUUGCCCCAGGCGAAUGCCUCGUCAAAUUAUCCUGCACUGGAGUCUGUCAUACGGACUUACAUGCCAGCAACGAUGAUUGGCCACUUCAUGCUAGCACACCACUUGUUGGUGGGCACGAAGGUAUAGGGGAGAUCGUCGCCAUUGGGGAAAACACCGGCGAUUGUCCUGUGAAGAUCGGCGAUCGCGUUGGCAUCAAGUGGCUUGCGUACUCUUGCUUGAACUGCGAGCAAUGCCGCAAUGGACGAGAGCAAAACUGUCCUAAGGCGAAAUUAAGCGGUUUCAGCGUUGAUGGCACAUUCGCACAGUACACAGUCUCAUACGUAUAUCAUGUUACCCCUAUUCCCAAGAAUCUAGACAGCAACGCCGCGGCCUCGAUACUUUGCGCGGGGGUUACCGUGUACAGAGCUCUCAAACACAGCCAUGCAAAGAUUGGCGAAUGGGUUGUCUUGCCUGGCGCAGGCGGUGGCCUCGGACACUUAGCGGUUCAAUACGCGGUGGCCAUGGGCCUCCGUGUUGUAGCGAUAGAUACAGGACUCGAGAAGAAGAAACUGUGCUUGGAGCUUGGAGCCGAAAAAUGGAUUGACUUCCAGGAGGAAAAAGACAUUGUCCAGGCUGUGCGAGAAGCCUGUGAUGGCGAGGGAGCACACUGUGCUGUCGUCACCACUGCGAGUGCAUCUGGUUACACGCAGGCCGUCGAUUACCUUCGACCUGGAGGAACAUUGAUGGCAGUAGGGCUACCGGGUGAAGCAAAGCUCGAGGCGUCCAUCUUUUUCACCGUAUUCAAGAGCAUUAACAUCCUUGGUUCAUAUGUUGGUAAUCGUCAGGAUGCCGUUGAGGCUCUAGAGAUCGCAUCGAGAGGUAAAGUAGUAGUGAGGUAUGAGUGCAAGGGUCUCUCCGAACUCAAGAAUGUUUAUGACGCACUUAAACAAGGCAACAUAGCGGGGAGAAUCAUUUUGGAGAUGUCCAAAUGA